AUGCAGGCGCUCUCCAGCGCGCCCGCUCCUGCCCAGACCCUGCCGGCGGCCGAGGGAAACACAGUGCCGGCCGCCCCUGCUACUGCAUCGGGGGCCAACUCCCCCCGCGUGACCGCUGCAGUCACCGCCGGUUUCCAGCUUCAGAAGGGCGAUUUCCCGCAGCUGCCACAGAUGAAGGGGAAGACCGCCUCGCCGGGGCGCCGUUCGCCCACGCCGCCGGAGCUCAUCACCGUGGGGUACGUAACUUCGGCGGAGGCGAGGGAGAGGGCCGGAGGCGCACCUGCUUUCGACACCCCGGCGGUGGCUACCGCCGACGCCGCCGCCGCGGUCGGGGUGGUGCCACCGCCGCUUCGCGCACUCCGUAUGACCGACUCAGAGAAGGCGCAACUGCUCGCACAGCAGCAGGAAGAACUGCGGGGGUGGCACGAGCGCGACUUUGAGGACAGAGCGGCGGCGGCAACGGCUGAAGGAGACGGCGCGGGAGGGGUAAUGGCGCCGCCCACUGCCAGGAAGUACAGAAAGCACAACGCGGGGGUCACGCUGGACGAAGCGGUCCACCGGGUGUGGGAGUCGUAUGUUACCAGCUUCUACCUGUACCACCCCGAUACAGCCCCCGCCCCGCCCAGCGACCCACCUGCGUGGUACCUCGGGGCGGUAGCGGCGUCGGCAACGUCGCCACGGCACCCAUGGGCUCACAUCGAGGCGGCGUCGCCGGGACCGCCGCCGCCGGAGAUGACAGCGGCACCGCAGCCCCCUGCACCGGUUACCGUAGUCGCCAGGGUCCCCCCCGGUCGCCGGAACAGCGCCGCUGCUACACCUGGCCACAGCACCGCCGUCGCCGCCGCCACAUCACACCGGCGAUAUCAGCACACCCGCCACGGUCCACCGCGCUCACCGCCGUUGCCCUUGCUCGCGACCACCACCGUCGCCCUAGACGCCCGUUGCCCCACCGUCAGCACCACCCCCUACCACGGCCGCCGCGCCACCGCCGUUGCACCCACCAACACCACCCACCGAUCCACAACCGCCGCUCCCGUCAACAACGGCCACCGCCCCAACCCUGCCUCAACCCAUCACGGUCACCUCCCCACCGCCGCCCCCGAUAACACACAACGCGGCCACAUCAUCCGCCACCACAACCUGCCCCCCUGUUCUGAUCGAGCCCCCGCCCCCAUCUACCAACAGUCACGGCCGACGCCGGCGCCGGCGGCCGCGCCGCGCGCCCGCACCGCGACGCCGCCAGCAGCACAACCAAGGUACCACGUCCGCCACACCAACAUCCCGUCCUGGCCGGCCACCUCCGCAGCGCUAGAGGCCGACCCAUCGCGGGUGCACGACUCAUCAGCACAAUGGGCCGCCGCCGCCGAGAUCGACGCCACAAGAUCUCGGAGGCCUUCCUCUUCCCCACCCACCACCGCCGCGUCCGCGUCAGCGCCGGUGGCGGUCGCCGCUCCGUCACGGNGCCGGAUAGGAUGCAUGCGACCCCGCCUGUUGCCCCCGCGCCGGUGUCGGUGGCCGCCGCUGCCCCCUCCCAGGGGAGUUGACAGCGAUGUUUACGGGCUCAACGAGCGUUUGGCGCCGCCGGACGGCAUUUCGGGGCCGGUAGCGUUGCAAGAACCCACAGACAGCAUGUUGAAAAUGAUUUCCCAGAUUCAAGUCUCACGCAUUUCCACCAUGCUGCAGCAGUUCAACGUCCCUGAGGGCACCCCUUUUAAGACGUGGUUCGCAGAAAUCAGGCGAUUGAUCGAGGGCCUUCGCUGUUUUGGGGACCGGUGCCCAGAAGAAUCGGCUCUGAUCGCGUGCGCCACCGAAUGCCUCAGCAUCCAAUUCCCCACGGUAGCGAUGAACUUUGCCGACAAGCUGGCUAAGACCACCACUUCCCGAGGGUUCUUUGCCCUGUUCAAAGGCCACACGUCCAGCGCCAUCCCCGCACAAGCGCCAACCCACGUAGGACCAGCCCCUGCUAGACACUCUUUCCCCACACAGAGCAAAUCACAGCAGCCGCGAGUCAUGAUGGUGCACGGUGGGACAUGUGACGUGCUAGAUAACGGCACAACCUACGACCCGGUAGACGAGGAUGAUUGGCAGGAGAUGAUGGAGGUGAAAGCACGACCACCCGCGGGCAAACAGACCAGAGGCAUUGGGCUGUUCCAAUACUCCUUCAACUCACAAGAGGCCAAAGAGGGUAGGGAGAAGUGGGGCCGGGUGUGUUAUAACUGCAAGUCAGAGGAGCACUACCUCCGCAACUGCGACCAGUCAUACACAAACGCGUGUGCACAAUUCAACAAAGCAUUUGGAGAAGGCACCUCGAAGGAGGUUGAGGAACGUUGGCGCGACGUGUUGGCAACGCUCCUGAAAAACUAUCAGCGUGCUAGGGUCCGUAGGGAAGAGGCCGAAAAAUCUAAUUUUUCGAGCCAUGAGCACCUCAUCGCAGGGGGCUACAACCUCCCGGCGGCGGCAGCAUCGGUACCAGUAAUGGAGCAAAUCCCGGAGGUGCAGCGAGUACCCAUCUGGAGCGAAAUCCCGGAGGUGCAGCGAGUACCCAUCCGGAGCGAAAUCGUGGAGGUGCAGCGAGUACCCAUCCGGAGCGAAAUCCCGGAGGUGCAGCGAGUACCCACCCGGAGCGAAAUUCUGGAGGUGCAGCGAGUAUCCGUCCAGAGCGAUAACCAGAAACAGAGCGGGGGCAAGGGGGAGGGGCACAUGCCCGAGUAGCGCAGCCAGCAGUGGCGUUAGUUGACACCGGGUCACCCCAAUCAUUUGUGGCCGAGAAGGUAGUCAAGCGCAUGCUUGAAUGCGGGGCAGCCUCGAAAUCAGGCAUCCGCACUGCCAAAACACGUAGAUGGAGUGGGUUUGGAGGCACACCAUUGGCAACGAAUGGCAUGGUGCGACUCAAUGUACAGUUUUUCGAUCGUGCGUCACAACCCACAGCAAAGCUUGCAGUGAACGCGUAUGUAGUACCAGAGGGGGUGAUGAGCCACGAGGUUCUCCUCGGUACAGACAGUUGGGGCGCGUUUCCCUGUGAGGGAGCAUAGUGAUGAAAGGGAGGGUGAGACCACUCUUUGAUUGAAAACCUCCCUACCUCCUACCCAAACACCUACGGUUGGCCAGGAUGCUGAGCCGGAGAUGGUAGCGUACAUCGAGUCACCAGACCAUGAUGGCAGCGAGCAUCGUUUGAUUUUUGAUUCCACGAAAGACGU